AUGGCUUUCAAAACGCUGAUCCUACUUGUAUCUGCUUUAAGCUUCUCGUCGUCUCAACAAAUGACGUGCACCUACUCCAUCGACACUGAUAUAUUCGACGAACCUUAUCAGUGCACGUUGAGCGUGGACAAUCCCAACGGACUUGAUGACGCUAUCUCUAUUGGAGGAACACAUUUGGGAACGAGUAUAAUGGAUCCGUAUGGCAAUCUGGUGUCAACAUACAGCAACGAUUCGAAUGUUCAAAUCGUGAAGGUCGUCGGGGUUACCAAAAAUAUUCCAUCGGCAAUUUGCAGACAGUUUCCAAACAUCCGGACGUUAGAUCUCGCGCAUACAAACCUCCAAAUUCUUUCGGCAACAAAAUGCAGUAAACUGAUCAGUCUAACGCUGUGGUACAAUCAGAUUGAGGAGUCGGUCGUUGACUUAUGCCAAUAUCAGCCGGACUUGCAAUCGAUUACGUUGAGUUUCAACAAAAUAAACACCUUAAGUGAUGUAACGUUAAAAAGUUGCAAAAAUCUUCUUUACUUCAAUGCCCAAAUCAAUGAGAUACCCACAAUUAGCUCUACAUUUUUCGCCAACACGCCAAUCAUCCAGACAAUAGCCAUUGGACAAAACCCUAUUACAGUGAUUCCGAACGGAAUCUUCAACGGAUUGUCCAAACUAUUGGUUUUAUACAUGGAAGGCUUGCUCAUCACAGACCUUCCGCUUAACAUAUUCGCCGACACAAAGCAACUCAACAGUUUGUAUAUGCAAAACAACAAACUGAAGACCAUCACUUCGAAAUGGUUCGCGAGCGAAACGCUUCAAGGUAUCAUGCGUGUCAAUUUGGACGGCAAUGGCGUCAACGCAAUCGAUCCAAUAUUCUUUACACUAGCAACAAAGUUGUACCACUUGUCUUUGCUCAACAACGAGUGUUACAAUGGCAAAAUAACCGACUUUGCCACGAAAAGAUCGUCUUAUAUGCCGGGUUUCCAGGUCUGCAUUAAUAACUUUACAUAA